AUGCACAAAGGCACGCUUGCCUGCUCGACUUCUCCCCACUCUGACAAUCCACUGGCCCUAGGGCGGUGUGGUGAAGAGGAGGACAUGUCGUCCCGGUCUCGACGGCCGUUGAGGCCGAGACCUCAGUCCGUCUUGGACGGAGGUUUGGGCAAAAAGAAUCGGUCCUUGCUUCGUCGACCAUUCUAA